AUGUUGGCAUUUGUCCUACUCCCCUUUCUAUCGGGGUUCUUCCUCACAAUCUUAUACCAACAACGUUGUCCCAAUGGUCUACUUGACUGCUACAAGACUCUGCCCUUGCCUACUAUCUCCGAAGCUUACGAAAAUGUCAUUGGUCCCGUCAAGCCAUUCGUACCCUCCUCUUCAUGGUUGAACUCAUAUCAUCAUUAUCAUCAUUAUGACCUCGCUCAACCUCACGGAAGUCCUCCCUCCCCUUCAAGCAUGGUAAAGAACGAACAAGAUCCUCAUCCUCAGCUCCAAAUCAUUGUUGAGAUACCUGAAGAUGUCAUGGAGACCAACUACCUGGCGAACCACCCGACUCUUACACUGGCAUAUCAGCCUACUUCCAAUCAAAUACGUUUAUUUCCUACUGCUCCGUCCCAGCCUAAGGAUGUCGAGUUGGAAUCGAACGGCAACGGAGAGAUGAUCUCUCCCUCUCUAUCGAAUGGGAUCCAGAUUAUCGGAAGCACACUACAAUCUUUGUUCUCUGAAGACGCUAGAGCGAAUUCUCGCGCUCAGAUGAGCAAGGUUGUAGAAGAAUACGUCGAUCAUCCAGUCGUCACUUUUCAUGAACAUUUCCUACUCCUGAAACAAUCGGUCGAGAGGGAAAUAAGGGACUUGGAAGUAGAUAGAAAUGCAGUGAUCAACACGAUGAUUGGAUAUUACCUUGCCAUUGCCCUAAAGUCCUUGGUCAAGCUGAUGGCUCGAGGUCUAUACCUCAAUGUUUUCCGCCUAAUCUUCCGCGCUCUCGCUCGCAUUUAUGGAUCGACAAUUAGCCUCUUUAGGAAACGCUCCGACCAGUCUGAUCACGAUGAUAAUCAUCUCGAUCAGGAUCACGGUCGUCCUGAGCUACCUGAAUUGAAGGCAAAUCAAGAUCUAAAAAGUCUGGGCAACGGUGCUCUCUCCGCCGACAGCGCCACAACGACUUCACAAAGGACACAAAGCAACUCUGAUCCAGUAGCUUCGCUUUCGCCAUUCACUCCAUCUUGCUUGAACCGUACUACCUCCCUGCCCCGCCUGAGCCCGACGUCCCGCGGGUCUUUCUUUUGGAAAGAGUUUGACUCUCGAACAAAUCAAAUUUCACAUCUGAAUAUGACACAGCAAGAUCUAGCCCUCCACAUCCCAUCCGCCUUUCAUGGACAGUCAACUUCUCAAGUGCAUUCCGAUGACGUAGAAGAAGAGACAGGGGCUUUGGGGCCUUAUCUGAUGGACACUGCACCUACACUCAAUGUCAAUGGAUUCUUGGCUUUCGAUAACUACGACGAUACUUCUUCGUCCGCAACCCUUCGACAAUCGCCUCGAAGCUCCCCGGAUGUUGCAGAUGACGACCUCAAGGACGACGUCAAUGAAAAGGUGGUCAGCGACCAAUCGCUCAUGACAGAUCACCUUCCCUUCACCUAUGAGGGAAUGGUUAAGGAAGAUCUCGAACAGCAUGACGCUAAUGCUUCUAGAGAGAGUGAUAUUAUUAUUGCAAAUAUCCGAUCGAGAGCGUUGGUAGCAACCAACGAAAGUCUCACAGAUUUCGGACAUGACUACGUUUCGCCUUCACCUUCACCUUCACCUUCGCUACAUGGCGAUGCUGAAGAGGAUGACGAGGAGACUGAGGCCCAACCAUCACACUCAGAAGUCCCUCGAGGGCACAAGAAGAAACGCCCUACAAAACACAAGAAGAACCAAUCCACCGGAGGUUCACAAGACCCUCAUGUGCCUGGUCACAAAAGAAACAGGAGUGACCAAAGCCCGAUGGACAACAAGAGAGAGCGACUCGGUGGGCCCCAACCAACAAGCCCGAUACAAACUGCUGUAGUCGAGUCGGAAAUCGAUGAGUGUACGGUAGAGCGAGAAGAAGAGAAUGUGCAAAAUUCUUCCCUUCCUGUCGUCAAUGAGAGUACUUCUGGACCUUCCCGCCGAUCCUCCGAGGAAGCAGAUGCUUCCUCAUCAGCUUCGAGGAAAGACAAAGGGAAAAGUCCAAUCAGAGGACAAGAAGAAGAGAACCAAAAGCUGAUUGAGUCAGAUGUUGAACAUCAGCCGAGGAAACACUCCAAGGAUGUUGAGCACAAGUCGACUGAAAUACUUCCAAGCUCAAAUCCAAUCUCGGGUCCAACUGAAGCCGGUCCCUCAAGAGCCGCCACUAAAUCCAAAUCUACUAAUGCAGGUGCAGCCUCACAAAAACUGCCGCACCCCAUCUCUCGUCAGCCAUCUGAAGAAAGGGAUACUGGACCCAGCUCGAAAAGGAAACGUAUCCGCGGUAGAAAGAAUAAGAAAGGGAAAGUGACGCAAUCUGAUAUCGAGGCUACUCCACCGUCUCAUUCGACUCAUGAAUACGAGCCAACCCCUAGUCCUCCUUCCGCUACGAUGAACCUCGUGGAUGAUAUAGAUGGAGAAACCGAGGAUAUUGAGUCCGUGGCUCGUUUCUUAGAGCAAGAAUCGAUCAAGGAAGAAGAGCGUGAGGAAGAGGAGGAAGUUGAAAAGAUGCUCUGGGACUUGUAA